CCCCCCUUCCUUCCAUGUCUUCCAUGUCUUCAAAUGGUUGCAUCAUCACGUGAAUCACUUAAUGCAUUCCCAUUUCAUUCUUCAACUGUAUUUCAUAAGAACAAUUAUACACCAUAAUUAAAAGAGCCACUGUCCAACUUAACACCAUUUUCUUUCUUUCAUUUUUACCCCAUCAUAGAGCUAUCCAAGAAGAAGAUCGUAGAGAUGUCAUCAAAGGAAAGUUAUUUCGAGUCAGCUGAAUCCCUCUUGUCGGAGGUUAAUCACCAUGACGACGAUGAUGAUCAACCGCGGAAGCGUGUUUUGGACAUGGAAGAGGCUAAGAACCAAGUGGUGUUCUCGCUUCCCAUGAUUGUUUCUAGUGUUUCGUUCUUGUCCAUAACUAUGGUCUCAGUCAUGUUCGCCGGUCACCUUGGGGAGCUUCAGCUUGCUGCUGCUACGCUUGCUAAUUCUUGGGUCACCGUCACUGGCUUGGCUUUCAUGACGGGGCUAAGUGGAGCUCUAGAAACACUUUGCGGCCAAGGAUUUGGUGCAAAACUUUACAAAACGUUAGGAAUUUAUCUCCAAUCAUCCUGCAUAAUCUCUUGCUUUUUUUCGAUCAUCAUAUCGAUCUUAUGGUUCUACACCGAGCCAAUCCUUAUUUUGCUUCAACAAGAUGCCCAGAUUUCAGCGACCGCUGCACUCUACAUUAAGUACCUCAUCCCGGGUUUAUUCGCGUACGGUUUCGUUCAAAACAUUCUCAGGUUUCUUCAGACCCAAAGCAUUUUGAUGCCGCUGGUUUGGUUCUCGGUCCUUCCGAUGGGCAUUCAUUUGGGCAUUGCCUACGCUUUGGUCUAUUGCACUGAUAUGGGUUUCAAAGGAGCUCCGUUGGCGGCUUCGAUUUCGCUGUGGAUUUCGUUCCUUUUGUUAUCGGUUUAUGUGUUUUUCGCUGAGGAAUUUAAGCAAACAUGGGAUGGAUUAUCGUUCGAAUCGUUUCGUCACGUUCCUACAAUCUUGAAGUUGGCCCUCCCUUCUGCAGCAAUGGUUUGUUUGGAAUACUGGGCUUUCGAGCUUCUUGUGCUGCUUGCAGGGCUGAUGCCUAAUUCGGAAGUAAAUACCUCAUUGAUUGCUAUGUGUGUGAAUACAGAAGCAAUUGCCUACAUGAUUACUUAUGGCCUUAGUGCUGCAGCAAGCACAAGAGUUUCAAAUGAACUAGGAGCUGGGCAUCCAAUUCGGGCGAAGAACGCCAUGGGUGUCACCCUCAGGCUUUCAAUCCUUCUAGCACUUGCAGUUGUCCUCGCUUUGGCAUUUGGUCAUAACAUUUGGGCUGCUUUCUUUAGUAACAGCCCUUCAAUUAUAAACCAGUUUGCGUCAAUGACACCCCUUCUUUUGAUCUCCAUAACAAUCGAUUCCUUUCAAGGCGUCUUAUCAGGAGUGGCUAGAGGAAGUGGUUGGCAGCUAUUGGCGAUGUGGGUUAACAUGGGGACUUUCUAUUUCAUUGGAAUGCCAAUUGCAUGCCUCCUUGGAUUUAAGUUCAAGCUUUAUGCUAAGGGUUUGUGGAUAGGCUUAAUAUGUGGUCUGUCCUGCCAAGCUGGUGCGCUCCUCCUUAUAACUUUGAGUAGAAAAUGGAUUAAAAUUGAGAUUUCAGAAGAUGUGGAUAGGGAAACCAGAAUUUUUGUUUAAUUGGUUUCUUAGUAUAAAGGCAUGUACUAUUUGGGCAAUAAGGAUGGUAAAUUCAUAUGGAUUUUCUUAUUUAAGAUUUAUACGUAAUAAUUAUUGGAUGAA